AUGGAAAGACUUGUUUUGGAGUUGUCGAAGCAUGUAUCCGAUGCACUUGCUCACUUCCAAUUGUCCAUUGGCUUCUGGUAUUCGACCACGUUUUGGGCCUGGGUAUUUUGGUGCUUCUGGAUCCAUCGUUACUUUAGACUUCUUGUUCACUGUGUGAGCCAUUGGACGUACAAGUCGAAACCUAUUCCAGCCAAACCAACAUUUACGCACCAAGAUGUGACGGUGGUGAUCCCUACGAUUCACAAUGCAUUCGAGGAACUUCGACCCUCUCUCCAAAGCAUUCUCGCCUGCCAGCCAGCCGAGCUAAUUCUUGUCACGACUCAUGGAAAGAAUGCGGCAUUGAAUCGUCUGGCCGAGUCUUUGGGCCAUCCCAAUGUCACGGUACUCCACACUCCGAUCGCGAAUAAACGGCUGCAAGUCUGCGAGGCGCUUCCGAAAGUCAAGACACCGAUUACCAUUAUGGCUGAUGACGAUGUGACCUGGCCUUCUACCAUGCUUCCUUGGAUUCUUGCUCCGUUCGAGGACCCCCAAAUUGGUGGCGUGGGAACUUGCCAGCGAGUAAGGCGUGAAUGGACUGGUCCUUGGACAACCCGUAUUUGGAACUGGCUUGGUGCUGCCUAUAUUGAGCGCCGCAACUUCGAGAUUUCUGCCACGCAUCGCAUUGAUGGAGGCACCUCGUGCAUGUCUGGCCGUACCGGUGCAUAUCGUUCAGAAAUCUUGUCGAGUCAUGACUUCCUUCACGGAUUUAAGAAUGAAAAAUGGAGGAAGUGGAUUCUCAACGCCGACGACGACAACUUUGUUACCCGUUGGCUCGUGAGCCAUCAAUGGAAAACUUGGGUUCAGUAUGACCCCGAAUGUGAGCUGGAGACUACUCUUGAAAACGGGCACAAGUUUCUGUACCAGUGCACUCGCUGGGCCCGAAGUAACUGGAGAAGCAACUGGACUAGCCUUGUCACGGAGAGAUACGUGUGGAGACAGCAAUUGUGGUGCACGUAUGCCCUCCACAUUGCUACCUUCACUUCGCUCGCAUUCGCUGUGGACCCGCUUCUUCUUGCUUCCUGCUGGUGGGCCACGGCCGACUGGGAAACAUCUCACCGAAAAUACGCAUUCUGGGCACAGUUCGUUUUUAUGUUUGGAUUUACAAAGGUAGUCAAGUUGGUUGGCCUGUUUAAGCGAAAUCCUAGCGAUAUUGUUUUUCUUCCGGUCUCGAUUAUUUUUGGAUACCUACACGGCUUGAUCAAGCUCUACGCCUUAUUUACUCUUAAUAUGACAUCUUGGGGCAGCAGAGCUGACGGUGACACCGAUGACGAGCGGCGACUGGAACCAGUGCCUCAGCCUGCGGUUGUGUUGAAGGUUCCUCCUGGACAUGGCUCUCUUAUCCGUUACAACGUUCGCCAGAAGGGACGGCAGACGCCUCUCGGAAUUCGGGAAGAAAAAUCCUGGGAAAAACUUGGCUAUGCCGCUUACGACUCCAGCACGUCUUACAUACCAAUUCGUGUACCAAUGGCGCUGUUUUCCGAUGCCCAAGAGUCCACCGGAGGCACACAGCUCUGA